CCGGUGGUGAACAACGAGAGCUGAUCGGCGCCAAGACCGUCGCGGGUCACGUUCCGGAGAUCAUCCGCAUUCCGUCAUCUUUUUCGAAUGCGACAAGCUACGGCAACUCUUCUCGACCAAUGCAAUUGCCCAUGAUGCGACCUCAGAUCUUAUUGCAUCCGCAAUUGCGCACGUUGCUUCCCCGUGGUGUGCGGAGAGAUCUCAACAGCACCAUAUUCUCUCGGCUGAAGACGACUCAAACGCCAUUUCGACUCUCCAAAAAUGAGACCCCGGCUCUGAAACCGAAGGAAAGCAAUGCGGCAGUUGGUCGGAGCUCACCACAGUCGGCCACGGCACACGCGAAGACAACUAUUCGACGAGGUCCGCCGGAACGCAUAUUGAUCUACCAUGGUGGAACGGGCAAGACAAUCUUUCUGGGGAUGUUGCGGAUCACGACCAUCUUCCUUUUUGGUGUGUCGGUCCUGGUUGUCGCACCGGCAUUUGCAUCCGAUGAGUUUCCUUGGUAUUUAGCUCCUGCUGUUGUUGUUGGCGGAGCUCUACCCAUGCUUUUCGUUUCUUAUACAUCGGCUCCCUUCGUGAACUUCGUGCACCUCGCUCUCCCCGCUUUUGCCCGGCGUUCAAAGGAACAGACGAUUCAAUAUGCGAAGAACCUGCCUCCGACAGCCACAUUAUAUAUUAACACUAUGAAGUUCACGACUAUUCCACGACAGACCGAGGUGCGACUGGGGGACUUGGUUCCUGACAAGGCCAUCCUUCGUCCUGUGAGCUUUCGCAACAAGAAUCCUGCCCCGCUGCCCUGGUGGGCAGGAAAGACUCUACGGCAAUUCUACGCGGCAGAGAAGAGUCAGCCUGGCAGAGAAUCCACGACAUUCUACCCCGAAUUGUGGGAACAUGUAUACAAGCAGAUCCAAAAGAAUCCCUCACCAAAGAGAUGAAAAUUCAAGGAAAUAUCCCCCGUUUAUAUGACUGUAACAUAAAGCUCAUGAAUCGCUAAGGUUAGAGUAGUGGCUGAAUAAUUCACUACUUCUCUCUCCUU